CCAAAGACAUUUAUCUCGCUGAGAUCCCCAACAUCCGUCAAGUACGCUCAAAGACUGUUUCAAGUUUUCUUAUGUGGUCAAAGAAUCGUAAAACGCAGGCUUGUUUGUCGAUAUAACAUUACCAGUGGCCAGCAACCCUGCAGCCGUCAUAGUGGCAUUCAAUCCCCUAGGAUCUCAUCCCAUAUCUUCUUCUCCAAGCCCGUCACCUAGCUUGCCCAGCAUGACUACAACAAUGCUGUACACGACGGGCAUUUCAAUGGAGGAGCCAAGCCAUCGGUUCUCGCCCACGACAGUUGCUCCUGGGAAACCAAGGCAUCGACCAAAAGCCUUGCAGAUCCAGCCAUUGGACCCUAACGAAUUGAGCGCGAAAUUGAACGAUAUCUCAGUCGAGCAAGAAGGCCAGCCUCGUCAUCCAGUCCACACAGAGGACUCACUCCGGUCCCCAUUAUCUGCAACAAGUAUGGGCGCCCCGUCUCCCCGGACUAUUCAGGCAACGCAUGCGUCGCCAUCGAUUCCAACCACCGUUUCAUCAAGAGUCUUUAGGAAGGAGAAGAUUGAUGAUAAACUCAGUUCACCCUUGUCUGCAAAGCCGCCACGCCGUGGCAGCUUUUUUGACGCAUUUCGCUUCAGAGGCUCGAACUACACUGAUGAACUGCAGAAGCAGACAGAGGAGGAGGGUGUUCAGAAGCCUGCUCGUUACAAGCAUGUCCCUCAGGUGGCAGCGCAACAGUUUGCUCGCACCACGACAGUCGAGCCCCUCACUCAGAAAGCUUCACCCAAAGGAAUGAGACCUACUCCCGGCCCCUACUCUGUGAACAAUGGCACCAUAUCGCUGCAAGAAUACAAUAGGCAGUAUAGAAGAGCACAGAGUCUCUGCAGCGGAAGACCAACUAGCGCCAGCAACGUUGCGAGAAUGGGAGGCACUGAGCUGGAUAAAGUGUCAGCCCAACGCAAGAGACAAACCGCCCGUAGUUCCAUGCUCUGGAAUGUCAAUGGACCUGAGUUAUCACGAAGAAUGAGCACCGGUAACAUGCAGCCCCUGCCUCAAGCCCGGCGAGAUUCAAUAGGUACGGGCGUCGGAGGCUUUCAAGGGAACGUCGCAUCAUCUGCGAGGCGUGGAUCCGCAAGCUCGUCAGGUUUCUCCGAUGCAUCAUCGCCCUUUGUACGCGAAUCUGGCCCAGCAACCCCUUUCAAGCAAGAGUUUGGUAUCAACACUUCGCCUAACCGUCGAGGGUCUGAGACUAGUGCAGCCACUUCUGGUUCGCGGAGAGGUAGUUUUGUUAACGUCCCCAACCCUCAGCACGCGGCUGAGAUACACAGGGUGGACUGGUCUCAGAGUGACCAACCAGUCAAGGGUCGACGAGAUUCGAAGUGGGGAGGCCUCAAGCAUCGAAAGACCAGUUUGAGCCAGCAGAAGCCCAAUGCUGAGGACCAGGGCCCCAGUUUUACCAAGACGGGCUCACAGUUAUCUGUUUCUCCGAAAUCGCCCAAGUCUGGAUUCUUAAAGCGAUUCAUGCAUUAGCGAGGGAAAGAAUGCGAAUAACAAGGGUAAUUUGACGGGUGGAUGAUAUAUAUGGAAGAGCGAAGACAACUCACCAAUGAUUAUUGUAACAUAAUGACCGAAUACUAAACAUGAAGGAAAAUCUUAAUAUAUGACCUCCGCAAUCAAAAAAAGCAUCUUCAGUGUCGUGUGAGAUAUGAUUGGAACCAAGGGGAAAACCUAACGCUUUUCUUGCGCCAUCAAGCGUUCGAUAAGUUUUGUAUCCUCUUGUGCCAUUUUCUGCCGAAGAAUAUUGUCGACGUCCGUCCGUGCAUUCUCGGUGUUCAUCAAGUGAAGGAUAAGUUCUGAAUACUCGCGUAUAGCGUCACCCUGCUCACCGUCCGCGCGACGAGCCUUGCGCAGAGCCUCUUUUCCGUUCUGAAUACCAAUGUCAUGGUUCCAAGCUUCUUGCUUCGGUGGCAGACCCUUGAGGAGGGAGGCGGGGAUGGCAGGCUUGGCCUCAGGAGGUGGAAGCGUGGCAGCAUCUAUUUUGCGGAGCUGGUCGGGAAGGCCUGGAUAUUUGCGAAAGAGAAGGCGAAGUUUCUCUGAGCUUUCGAGAGCCUGAAAGGGAUUCGAAGGGUCGGGGAGCUGAGGCAGUGAUGUUGCUAGCGACUCAGAGAGUGCCGACCGAGGCGCUGCUGGUGCUGGUGCUGGCUCGGGAUCAGCAGGGUGAUUUUCGUGAUGGAUCUUGUUACAAGCAACAGAACAGCUUUGAUAAUGGUUAGCCACUGACUGGGGUACCAACUGAGAGGUGAAACUUACUAUGGAAGGCGACAUCUUGGGCAUUUGUAUUUUGGGGGAUUCACGUCACAUACACCACAAAGUGAAGGUUCUGGUUUUGUUGUCGCAUUAUCGCCAUCUUUGGCUCCAACUUGUGUAGUUGGCGUAGUAGUAUCUUCUGGGUGUUGGGCUGGUAGAUCAUUUAUUCGUUGAGGUUCUGACAUUGUGAUAUCUUCUGAGACCAAGUGGGUAUGAAGGUAGCUAAGAUAAAGGAAGCUGAUGUGAUGGAACCUAAGGUAAGGUAAGUACUGUACGGAGUACGAAAGGAAAAAAGGUACAAAAAGUUUCAGUUCCAAGGGGUCUAUCGCCCCGCGUCAUUACCCGCUUGACAUUUUGGACCCCAGCAAUUGCAAGCAAAAGGAAAAAGAAAGAAAACAAAAAAAAAA